CAAAAAUAAAAAAAUAAAGUUCUGUUACUAGAUACUACAGUCUAUUCAUCCAACUUGGCACUCCUUUUUAUUGAAAAAACAGCAUUAAAAAUCAACUGAUAACUGGAUUCAAAAGGUUUCAGUCUAUAAUAACGAUUUAUUUUAAUAGUUUAUUGGCUUCGUUAAUAUUUUAUUAUUAAAUGGGUGAUUCUGUUAAAAAGUUGUGCCAAGAUUGUUUACUUUAAUAAAUGCAUUAGAGGCGACCAUAGGUAUUUAUCAAAAGAAAAAUAGAGAAACCUUAGUUAAUAAUACUUAUUACUAGUAUUAUAUUUAUAAAAAGAUUAUUUCUGAAAUUAUGUAAAGAUAGUUUAUACUCCCAUCCCAUGUAAUAUCUGUUUAUUUUUAUGAAAAUCAUAAUGAUAAUCAGGUACAUACCUAAUUACCGAUAGUAAAAUAUAUAAACAGGUAAAUGGAAAGACUGAACAUUUCAUUUGAAAAGAAAUUUAUUAUUACUACAGGUAAGGUAUAGGUAUCGUAGGUGCCAACUGAUAACACUCAUUAAUCAAUAUGAAUAUAAGCAUUUAUUAUUUUUAUUAUUAAUUGCAUUUUAUGUUCAUUUAAUGCAUAUUAUUUAAGUGCUUACAUAGAGGUAAACACAAAAUCUAUUCAGAAUAUAUAAAGUGUACAUCUUUUACGAUUAAGUAUAAUAAUUAUAACCUCAAAAUCAAAUACAUUCUGUAGUAGGCCACGGUUCCUCAAGUUGUCCGUAUCUCAACAAAUGCCUAAUUAGAGUUUAUGAAUGAUUCCGAACACAACUAGCAUUUUCUCAUUGCUGGGCGUUCUAGGGCAUUCAAUGUAUGGGGAACGAGCAAUGUCCUUUUAUAGUAAACUAGCACUUACUCAAAAAGUCAUCUUUUGUUUAUGUUUUUUUUAAUAGUUUAGCAGUAAAUAUACUACUACUACUUACUUUUAUUCGUCGACUAUUUAAAAUUGGCAGUGGCUGCAUUGUCAUGUCAAUGCCGGACGUCUAAGAUUGUGAUAUACACAAAUGCAGUGUCAGUCCCUAUUCUCAUAAUUUGAUAUACCUACAUAAUUCACAGAAACCCAAUAUGUAGAUGCCAGAAGUUAACUUCAAAUGUUUUUAAUCACCCUAUAUACAAUACCAAUCAAUGACGUUUAUGUCGCAGGUUGAAGAAAGCAGUAAUUGCCGUUUGUUGUUUUGGACAAUGGUGGGAACUGCCUUAGAUCACUAAAUUAAAUAAUUAUGCAAUCACCAAAGCAAAGUUUAUAAUAUUUGAUUAAACUAAAGGCGCAUAAUGAAAUUUUCAUAACGUUAGGUAGAACACCAUAGCAAUCUCAUUUUUAUCAAUUUAUAGUUCUCUUUGUAGUUUUCUUUUAAAGCGUUCACAUUUAACAGGUCAAAGACUUUGUGAUCGACCCUUUUUAUUGGUAGUGUAAAGCUCGAAUGAAGAGUACUCCCAGUAGUGCAAUCAUGGCAAUUAUUUUCCAAAUUUUUUUUUGUUUAAAAAAAUACCGAAAAACGUAUCACUGUUAAGCACAAAUGCUAAGCAACUUUUACAAAUAUAAUCAAAUAAACCUAUUACUUACUUUAUUUUUAAAUCUUUUUCAUCAAUUAAAUACUUAUCUUAUCCUAACUAUCCAUACUAAUAUUAUAAAGAGGCAAGAUUUGUAUGUUUGUAACAAAUAAUCUGUCAAACUACUGAACCGGUUUCAAAUAUUAAUUCAUCAUAAGGUAGCUACAUUAUUUAUUAUUAUAUUUUUCUUUAUUUAAAUACAUUUUGUCCGAGUGACAUAGGCUAUAUUUUAUCCCGAUAAAUAAAUUUCGCCCGUACAAUGCUCGGGUGGAUCACUAGUAAGUAUAAUAUAAUAUUAUAGAUGCGAAAGUGAGUUUGUUUGUUGCGCUUCCGUGCCCUAAUAGCUAAAUCGAAUAUAAUGAAUUCCCAUAUAGAAGUAGAUGGGAACUUGGUUCUUAGCUACAACAUCGCAAUACUUAUAGGCGUAGGGUGAUGAAAGGGGUGAUUUACCUAUAAAAAUCUACAUUAUUUACUUUGAAUUUUACAGAAUUAUUACAAAACCAAUAUUAUCGCGAGCUGAUUAAUAAAUACAGGGAUUCCAAUAAGUAUGUACUUACUAGCGAAAAAUGGGUUAUUUGUCAUUACAUUAAGUAAACCUUUUUUGUAACAUUAAGUAAUAUCGUUAAAAAAAUGAAAAACAGUAAAAUUCAGAGUUUUUCAUUGAAAUUCAAUAAUCAUAAAUACCUAUUAUGAUAAUAUAUUUUUCAUCAUUAAAUAAUUCAGUAAUAAUUCAGUAAUAAAUAAUAAAUAAAUUUUUAUUUUCUCAUACCACAAUCUAAAUAAAACUUACAUGAAGCAAUGGUACAAUGUUGCAGACUGUGGUGGGCUGAUAUCUGAACUGUAUCACAGUUUUAUUGUUAGUACUUCGUAUAGGAUCAGAUACUGCGAAUAGCCCAUUUGUUUUCUUCUACAUAGUACACCGCGCUAUCACUUAUUCAUCGUUGUAACUUUUUAAAUAUUUGUCGAAAUGACAUAGUGUAAAAAGCAAAGUUUAUCGUCUUUAAAUAUCAAAAGCGAUAAAAGUAUAUGUUUUGAUAAAAAAAUAUUUGUUGAUACAAAAUGUGCAUUUUGGAAAUAGAUAUCAAAUAAUAUUUUAGUUUUGAUUCACUAUUUUAGCGGUAAUGACUUACACAUUAAAAAUAGAUACAUGGUGUCACGGACUUUUUUUUAGAACUAUUUAAGAGAUACAUUUUCACUCUACAUUACAUUCAUGUAACUUUUAUUGUUUUUGCAGUGCAGGCCAAAAUGGCUCGCAGAUGGGAUUUUUUUUCCGUCUUAUGUGACACUUAUUGUUAUAUAUUGGCCAAUUCACUCAAUAACUACAUAAAUUAUUAUAUAUAUAUGUAAUUAUCAUAUAUGAGCUAUAUUACUGUUAGGUUUCAUUAAAAUCCAUUCAGUAUUUUUGAGGUGAAAGAGUAACAAAGAUCCAUACAAACGUAAGAUUGAAAUUAAAAGCGUAAGUGGUUAAUAUACAACUUUAAAGCGUUGUAGAUCCUAAACAAUCAUAUAAAAUGAAAAAUGGUGUUAGGAACCUAAAUAUGAUUUUUGAUUAUCUAGACAGUGAUACCCCACUCGACAUAUUUUGUCAACUUAUUUUUUUUACUUCGUCACAAUAUGGCGCCUAAUUUCGCCCAUAUUGAAUUUUGAUUACUAUCAUAUCUUUAGUAGCACUUCCAUGAUUGAGACGAAUCGAUUGAUGUAUGAAUCAUCAAAAUCGGUCCAGGCGUUUGGUCUCUAGUGUGCCACAAAGGAACAAACAUACAUAUAUAGACUGUUAAACACAUAACCCUGUCUGCGCGUCGCGCUUCGCGCUCUUGCAUUGCGCAGCCGGGUAAAAAGCAACCAUCUACCGCUGGUGUAGCGAGGUCAAACGCGGUCGUCUUCCUUUGGGGAAUAACAAAGGAGCGGUUGUCCUACGACGGAUGUCACCGAAGAAAGUGUGCUGGCAGUACAAAAUUUAAUAAAAGAAAACAGACGAAUGACGUACGAAGAGAUUCAGCAUACUCUGCAGAUUGAUUCAGGCAGUGUUCACAAGAUUUUGCACAAGCACCUUUGCAUAAGGAGUAUAGUUUCCCGCUGGGUGCUGCACAACCUCACCGAAGCUCAGAAGCAGGCCCGUGUGGAUUGGUGCAGUGGUAUGAAACAAAAAUUUGAUGCAGGCUCGUCACGGCGCGUUUACGAUAUUGUGACAGGUGAAAAAUCUUGGAUUUAUCAAUACGAUCCAGAAACAAAGAAGCGUCAGUCGACAGUUUGGCUGAUCGCUAGUUUCUUCACUUUGACGGGGUGCCUAAUUUCAAUUCCACUUCGAGACCAAAGCAGCAUCAACGCCAAAUAGUAUAGCACAAAAUGCCUGCCAGAAGUUUUUUCUGCAAUGAGCAACAAGCGACCUAACACCGGGCUCCGCGGGGUCCUUCUUCACCACGACAACGCAUCCGCGCACUCUGCGAUCAAAACGAAGGAGUUCCUGGACUCCACACCGGUCAGAGUCUUGGGACACCCUCCUUACAGUCCUGAUUUGGCUCUGUGUGACUUCUUUUCAUUCCCUAAAAUAAAAAAUCAGCUCAAAGGGAUACAGUUUUCAUCGCCGGAAGAAGCGCUAGCAGCGUUUGAGAAGGCCGUGGAAGAGGUGUCUGUGGGGGACUGGAAAAAAUGAUUUAAAAAUUGGUUCAGACGCAUGAAGCUUUGUAUAGAGGCUGGUGGAAAGUUCUUUGAAAAGAUUUAAUAAAAGUAUUUGUUCCAUAGAAGUUACUUUUUUAGUUUCUCAAAACUUUCUGAAUGUAUUCCCACGUAUCUAAAAUAUUAGGUUCUUACAUAUGAAAUUAGCGAUUCUUCGUACUGACCAUUUUGAUUUGAAAUAUGUCCUCUUUGGUUAAGAAUUCCAAAUUAAAAUUUAUAAAUCCAUUUAGCGGGUACAUUUGAAUUUAAAAAAAAUCAGUAAUUCAUUUGUUUUUUCCUCAUUUUUUUUUCUGAGAGGAGCUCGAUAGCCCAAGUGUUUAGCGCGUUCGGCUGUGAUCGUUGAAGUUAAGCAACUUUCGAAUUGGUCGGUCAUUGGAUGGUUGACCAAAAAUGUACUAUCUUAAGCUCCUCCGUGCUUUGGAAGGCCCGUUAAGCCGUUGGUACUGGCAUCUGCAGUCGUUAGCACCCACCAAACCACACUGGGCCCGCGUGGUGGGUCAUGGCCCAAUCUCCCUAUUCCAUCCUUAGGGAAGGCCUGUGCUCCAGCAGUGGGGACAAUAAUAGGCUGCUGAUGGUAACGAUGAUUUUUUUCUUUGGCGUCGUUUAUUACGGCUCAAUGGAAAACAUGAAAUAUCGGUAUAUUUACGAGUACGAGUUCUACCGUGGCACCAGUGCUGCAGAAACAGCUCGAAGGAUUAAUGAUGUGUACGGCGCUGGUGUCGCAAAAGAAAGCACGAUACGGUUUUGGUUUAUUGAUUCUCGCCCCCAUGGUAUUUUAGUAAAGGGAUCAAUGAACUACCUAUGAGAUGGCAAAAGUGCAUAGAUAACAAGGUGCAAAACAUGAUUAAUUAAAUAUAUUUUACAAAAAAAAUGACUUUUUAUUCCUCCCGUACCUGGGUGAAUCCUACAAUACUUAUAAAAACUGGUUAACCGUUAAUAACUUUCGAAAUUAAUUUAUUUUUAAUUGUCUUUUGGCUUAAAACCGUUCACGUGAGGGGAUUCUAACUGGAGCCCAUUCAGUAUAACUAUAAUAAUACUUAUUAUUAAUUUAAAAAAUAAAAAAUGGCUCAAAAUGUCAUUCAUCGCCUUGAAUUUAAGCCUUAGGGUUAGGGUUGCCAACCGUCCUGUUUUCCCAGGACAUGCCCUAGUUUUUGUAGUGUCCUGGAACGUGCUGAAUAGUUUUUAAGCAGCGUCCUGGGUUUAUAAUUUUUAAAAUCGCGCGCCUCUUCUCAAAAUUUUACGCUACAUGUGAUUAUUUUAAUUAAAGGAAUUUCAUUUCACCUGUUUUCACUAGAUAUUUAUUUAACUAUUGCAACACUAUUAAUAUGUCCUGUUUUGAAACUGAAUUGACCUGGUUUUUUCAACUUAAAAUCCUGGCUUUUUAAAUUUGAGGUUGGCAACCCUAAGCCAACUACCUUGUAAAAACAAUUAUGUAAGAUUAUAAUAAUCGUUAAGAACACGUUUUUAAUAGUUUAAAUAUUUAAUAGGUUAAAAUAUCAUGCCAUCCGUAAAAAAAAACGGUAAAAUUAAUAGUAUUUUACGAAUUACAUUAUUUAAAAAUUUUAUCACCAUAAAAUCGUCAUUCAAUUCACGAUGACAACUCCAGCAAGAUUAGUCAGUUUCUGAGCAUGUCGCGAAACGUUUUGCCCCCGCCGCCCGCGCCUUGAAUCAUUCGUCGGCGAUUUUCACUAGAGACGGACGUGUGACGUGUUUGGUUCGCAUUAAUUUUCGAUGCAAACUUCGUUCGCAGUGAAUUGACACAAAAUUACGUCAUUUUUAUAAAGUGUGUGAUACCAUAACGAAUAGAGGACGCAAUGACAAAACCAAAUAAAAAAAGGAAGAAAUUUUAGCACAGCAAAGACAAGCUAAAAAGCGUCAAUAUCUUCGAAUAAAAAGCGACACUAAAUUGUAUGAAGAGCAAAAACAAAAAAAUAGAGCUGAUUAUACGAAAAGAAAAGAAAAUAAAAAGAUUUUGAGCAUAAAUGAGUUAAGUCCGAGAGAACAACGUUUAAAGCGCAAGAAGUGGAGAGAGAAUACAAGAAGAUACAGACAGAAACUAGCAGAAGAGAAAAAGAAACAAGAAAUGCAGAACGUGGUUAUUAUGAACAGUAACAAGACUCUCAUAAGUCCUGCCAAAAAUAAACAGGACCCACUAGGCCCUAGUACAUCAAGUGGUCAGACUGUGACUUCGCCUGAAAAAUUAAUUAUAAAGAAAGUGAAAUACAGAGAAUGCAAGAAAAGACUGAAGUUGUUAGAGGUAAUAAAAACGUUAAAAAAACAGAAUAAAGCAUUACGCCAAUACAUAAAAAAGCUAAAAGAAAAAAAAGAUACCAACAAUUCUGAAACUGAAUUAAAUCUGAAAGCAAUGUUUAAUUUUAAACAAGAAAUGCAAAGUUGAUCGCGAUAAUGCAAAAUUACUUCAAAAUAAGCUUUUGGUGACAAUACACAAGUUUUAUGAAGAAGAUGUGAAUAGUAGAAUCGGCGCUGGCAAAAAGGAAUUUAUUACCAAAGGUAAAAAACGAAAACAAAAGCGUUAUUUAUGCGCCCCUUUAAAACAAUUAUAUGAGAAAUUUAAAGCUGAGAACAAAAACCUUAAUGCCAGUUACUCCACAUUUUGUAGACACAGACCAUUUUGGGUAGUGUUCCCAAAAGAAUCCAACAGGGACACAUGCAUGUGCUCAAUCCACUUAAACAUGGAUUUGCUUGUGGAAGCUUUACACAAAGCUAAUAUAAUAAAAGAAAAAAAUUCCAUUGAAAUGAUGGCAUCUCUUUGCUGUUCUGUGUAUAAUAGCGACUGUUUGAGAAGAAUAUGCACCAUAUGUAAAGAAAAAGUACUUGAUUAUAAAGAGUUUAGAAAUGACAGAGAAUUGAAAUAUUAUUCAUGGACGCGACAGAAUAAACAAUAUGUAACAAUAGACAAAAAGAAAAGGGAAAUAAGUAUUAUCGCUAAAUCUGCAACACACGUAACGCCAAUCCGAGCCAUUCAAAAGUUAGAUGAGGAUCUGCCCUACUUUUUUCUACAUUGUAAUAAUAUUUUGAACCAAUUUAAUGAGAUAAAGAAGUUAAAGGAAAGGCUGAGGAUUCACGAAACCAUACUGCACAUUGACUUUUUGGAAAAUUAUGCCAUAAAAUUUGCUAAGGAAGUUCAAGCUCUUCAUUUUGGAGGGAGUCGAAGUCAAAUAGCUCUUCAUACAGCUGUUGUUUACACUCAUAAUUUUCAGUCCGGAAGGGUGGAGCCUAUUUCAGUCUGCGCUGUCAGUGAUUGUGUUCGUCAUGAUGCAUCUGCUAUCUGGGCCCAUCUGACACCUUUAAUUCAACUAGCACUAGAAAAGAACCCAUUCACUACUACCCUACAUUUUCUUUCUGACUCGCCAUCAUCCCAAUACAGAAACAAGUUCAUUUUUUACAUGAUUUCUCAGCUUCACAUCGAUUUUCCUCAGUUGAUUACAGUCAUAUGGAACUACUCAGAAAAAGGUCAUGGGAAGGGUGCACCGGACGGUGUAGAGGCUGUUCUCAAACGAACGGCUGAUGCAGCGGUAAAGUUUGGAGAAGAUGUUGCAAAUUUAACUGAUUUUGUGAAGAUAUUGGAAUCAAGAGUGAAAAAUAUCAUUAUAAUACCUGUAACAGAACAAAAUAUCAUCGAGAAGGAGAAAAAAAUACCAAAAAAUGCGACACCGUUCCGUGGAACUCUUUCUGUUCACCAAGUUCUUUGGAAGAAAGAUCAGGAUUACAUAACGUUCAGGAACCUAAGCUGCUUUUCUUGUGAGCCUGGUGAAAUAUGCCGCCAUGGUCUUCAUAGUGGAUUCAUGAAAAAUCGCGGUAAAAUUACUGAUAACCUUCAACAAUCCAAGGAUUUCGUUGCUGCUCUUGUACGCACGAAGAAAUGCUCAAGUGUGAUAAGACCAAAUAUUGAUAGUACAAACGAUGUUGCUGAAGACGCUGUACCAAAAAAACGACCUAAGAUCACCGUGCUGCAGAAUUUAUUAUUAGUCAGUGCCAAAGACAAUAUUAAUAAUUUGAUAGCGUCGACGUCUAAGGAAACUGAUACAAAUGAGUCUAUACAUAACAAAGAAAAUUUAUUUGACGUUGGAGAUCUCGUUCCACCAAAUAUCUUAUUGAAGAAACCAAACUUUUGAAUAAGCAACUGAUGCUGCUAACUAUUGAGACAGACCAAAAUACUGUUUGAUUAAUAAGGUCAUUCUUUGUGUCCUAUUAUUUGGUUGACUUCAGUGGCACAUUUUCUUUUAAUAAUUUGAUAAUAAGUAUUUUUAAACUAUUAAAAAGAUUAUAUGCAGAAAUGGCACAUUUUUUUAUUUUGAUUAUUAGUAUUAUCAACAAUUUUUAAAAAAUAUGCCACCAUCGUCAACCAAAUAAUAAAAUACGAAGAAUGUCCCUUUAUCUCCUUUAACUGUUUUUUUAUUGUUUACCGUAAAAGAAUUUGACUUUUAUAAAUAAUUUUUUAUUUUAUUUUUCACUUUAACUGCUGUGGUUAACCGUUUUAUUUUGUUUUAAUUGACAUUGACAAUCUCGCGUUGCACCAAUUAUCGUAUUUAGUAAAUAAUUUGACAGUUCACUAAUGCUGUAGACAGUUGAGAUUCUAUAUUGUAAUUUAAAAGGUAGAUAUAAAAAAUAAUGUUGAUUAGUUCCUACUUUAAAAUAUUAAUAAGACUGAUUUUCUUUUUCAUAUAAAAGAGAAAAUAAUCACGUGGCAUUUUAUUGUUAUUAUUAUUAAAUUUUAAUUAUUUGAAAUCUUAAUAAACAAUUGCAUUUUA